UCGUGGAGUUCGGUCGUGGGUGUUUUUAUAUGAUUUUCAGAGAGUGCGUGUUUCGUGCCGGUUUGUUUGCGGAGUUUCUGCCAUCAUCCAUCAGCUCGGUUUCCCAAUCCACACCAUCGCCUGCAGCAUCCCACGGAGGAGAAGAGAUGCAGUCGUGUUCACGUUCGGGCAGAUGAAUUAAUUGUGGAAAAUUGUUAAAUUCCAGCUCGUUGAAGCGGCCACAAAUCCAAUUAACCAUAUAUACACCAUUUUCAGAGAGUUUGUGCAUAAUAGAGUAAUUAAGUUUUCAUACAAAAAAAAAGGGUUUUUGACACCGCACACACACGGCAAAGUAACUUGGGUGAACAAAGAGCAGCGGCAUCAAAAUUGAUUGCUUUCACAUGGACACGAACUCGGUGAGCCCCCUGCCUCCAAUGGAGGAGGCCAUGGACAGGGUCAGCGAGAAGUCACCCCCGGGAACACCAAAUGGGCUCGACAUGCCCCCGCCGCCAGAUGAAAAGCGCUAUGAGGAGGAUCCGGAUAAUGCCUGGAACUGCUGCUCCUGGUGCGAAUACUUACUGAUUGUCAUCCUCUCCACUAUCCUGCUGGUGGGCGUUCUGGUCUUGACACUCUUCUGGGUGAUGUUCUACAGGGAUGGCUUCGCCUGGUCGGAGAGUCCCAAGCAGCAGUUCAACCUGCAUCCCAUCCUGAUGAUCGCUGGUUUCGUAACGCUCUCUGGAUUUUCCAUCUUGAUCUACCGCUUGUGCCGAUGCGUGAAGCACAUCUAUGUGAAGCUGAUCCACAUGUUCUUCCAUGCCGUCGCCAUUCCGUGCAUCGCGUUGGGUUUCCUAUCCGUCUUCGAUUCCCACGAGGCAUUGCAAAAGGUCAACUUCUAUAGCCUCCACUCGUGGCUGGGCUUCGUGACAAUGGGCAUGUUUGUGCUCCAGUUUGUGAUCGGCUUCUUCACCUUUCUGGUGAUGUUAUGUUGUGAGAACAAGACCUACAGCUGCCGAUCCGCCAUGGUGCCCAUCCACGCCAGCUUGGGUCUAGCCAACUUCUGGCUGGCCAUUGCCACAUCCGUCACGGGACUGAUCGAGAAGGAGCGCGAAACCGUCACCGAAACGGGUGUGAGCCCGGAAAACAAGCUCAUCGAGCACUACAUCACCAGUGCCAUCGGCGUCACCCUGAUCUUCAUUGGCAUUAUUGUGACAUUUGCGGUACGGCGUUCCAAUGCCCCCGCCUCCGCAAAGGUAUAUGUGACGGAGCGCAUUUAGAUGGGCCGUCCGGCUUGUCGGAGUAUCCGUCGCCGGAUUUGGUCCACGGCCAGGACGGGAAGCGAAUCGCAACAGAUGUAUCCGAAGAUACCAGAACUCGGCGACAUGGACUGGAAAUGGGGCAACGACGAGUCGUGGUUGCCCACACGCCAGGCUUAGCGCACAGAGACCACGCUUCUGCAUCUCUAUCCGAACCCUUUGUAACCAUUUUAUAUGCCAAAUUAAAUCCUCUUCAUACACUUAGACUCUACUCAACUCUACUCCAUACGGCGCUAAUCAAAAUCUUUACCCACUUUCAAACUUCUUAGUAGAUGUGUAGGAUUAGGAAUCUCAGAAAACAAGCCGACCAAGCAAAGCAAAUCUAAUCAAAAUUAACAUGUGUGUGUUCAGCCGAACUAAACUGAUGCAUUAAGGCACUCUGAAGCAUGAUUAGCCUGAUUAGUUUUUUUGGUACUAUGAGUAUACUCGUAUAGUAGAAUUUUGAUAUAAGCCUAAAGCCCAUUGUGUAACUAGUGUAUGUACCAUGUACCACGUAAUGCAUUGAAUGUAACGCACCACUCGGACUCAAAACUGUCGCAUUUGAUGUUUUUUGUAAUCGUGCAAAUAUUUGUAUUUCAUAAUGCGCUAAGCAACGUAAGCUGUAAACCAAUUUUACAAACAAAUAAUAAACGAUACUUUUGCCCUGUCUGAGGGGUAUUCAUAA